CAAUCCGAAAGCGCGUAUCGGGUUCAAAUAGAGUCGGCGGGUGAAUGUGGCCAAGUGGACUUGAUCAGAAAAGUGACCAAACUGAGGAUGUGGAGGGUUAAAACACUGAAUCUCGGCUUGUCGCCGUCGCCCCAACCGGAGAGGAGAGAACUCCCGCGGACAGGGCACUGCCAGGGCGAGGCGUCGGCGGUGCCGAGGCCGGAAAAAACAGCUAUGAGAACUCCUCUCCGAGAGCUUAGACUGCAGCCCGGGGCCCUCACGGAUUCGGGGAAAGGGCCGCCCAUGUUCUCCACGUUGACCCCAUACCUGCGCAAGCUGGAGCUGAAGGAAAGGAGCAACAACUCAUCUCCGGUGGACUUUUUCAAUACUGAGAACUCAUCUCCUGUGGAUUUUAUCAAGACUGAGAACAACUUCCUUUCAGAACAGUUCAGCCACCCUUCAGAGUACAUGGAAGCUUGUCAGUAUGAAUCUGAUCUAGCUCCUGAAGGCUACUCUCCUCUCAGUGCAUCUGAGAAAGCAGCAGCAACACCGGAUGACGUUGUGGUAGAGCCAACGGAUGAAAGUAUGCUUAAAACCAUGGUUCUUUUACCCUUUCCGCCAGGGCAGCAGCAAGACCUGAUGCCUGAGGCUCCCUUAGAGCCCAUAGCAGAGAAAAACAGCAGUUCUCUAACUGAGUCUUUGGGGCUGGAAGAUCUGGUGGCAAAGGAGGUGGCACCUUGUGUGGAAGGCAGCUUUUCAGAAGUUGUUGCUGUGAGGCCGGAGCAACCUACAUUCCAGGACCCUCCAUCUCAUGGCUUGGAAGACAGCUUUUCAGAAGUUGUUGCAGUGAGGCCUGAGCAACCUGCAUUUCAGGACCCUCCAUCUCAUGGCUUGGAAGACAGCUUUUCAGAAGUUGUUGCAGUGAGGCCUGAGCAACCUGCAUUUCAGGACCCUCCAUCUCAUGGCUUGGAAGACAGCUUUUCAGAAGUUGUUGCAGUGAGGCCUGAGCAACCUACAUUUCAGGACCCUCCAUCUCAUGGCUUAGAAGACCCACCCAAACCCUGUCCUGAACAGUUCCACUGCUCUGAAGAAAACCUAAGAGGCAUUAACACUGAAGCUGCACCUGAGGACUUCGUACCUUCUGGAAAUGCCUUGAAUUUCUCUGUGGCCUGGCUUUCUCCUUCAGCUGCCUUGACCGACGAUUUCCCUGUCGAUCAUGUGGAUGCAGGGGAGGAAACUGUAGAGUGCAGAGUUAUACAGGAAAAGGAAAAGAGCUUUCCCACCUCCCCCGAGGGGGUGGAAUUGGGACAUCAAGCACUUGCUGCAAAUGCAGAAGACGUCCCAUCCGUAUGUCUGACAUCAAGUCCAGUAGAACUGGGACCCCAGGAGGCUCCAGACUCAGCUGUAGAAGAUGCCAGAAGGAUUCCUGGCUUGGAAUCAGAGGCUUGGAUGUCCCCAUUGGCCUGGCUAGAAAAAGGUGUGACUACGUCAGUCAUGCUCCAGAAUCUCCGCCAGAGGUUGUCCUUCCCUUCUGUGCUUCAGGAUGCUGCCGUUGGCAACACACCCCUCUCCACUUGUUCUGUGGGAACUUCUUUUACUCCUCCAGUGCCACCAGAAGUAGGUACCAAGCACAGUACUUCAGAGACAGAGCGCCUCCCCUUGGGCUGCGGGCCCCUGGAUCUGACUGCCUUGUCCCGACACGACUUGGAAGAGAACCUGUUGAACUCUCUCGUUGUGCUGGAAGCUCUUUCCCACCAGCUACAAGCCUGGAAGAGGCAGCUCUCUGUCCCGCCCCGGGAAUCUCAAGACCGUAGCACCCAGACUGACUGCUCCGCUUGUGGGGUCACUAAGACACCUAAGCAUCUUCAGGACAGCAAAGAGAGCAGACAGGCUCUGCUGCAAGCCAGGCAUGUCAUGCAGUCAUGGGUGCUGGUCUCUAGAGAGCUGAUCUCCCUGCUCCACCUGUCCCUGGCACACAUGGACGAAGACAGAAUGACAGUGAGUCAGGAGUCUCAGCAUGCAGAAACCGUGGUUUCCUCCUGUUCUCGUGUGCUGAAGAAACUGAGGGCAAAGCUCCAGAGCCUCCAAACAGAAAGGGAGGAGGCAAGGCACAAAGAGGAAAUGGCCCUUAAAGGCAAAGCUGCGGCAGAGGCAGUGCUGGAGGCUUUCCGAGCACAUGCCAGCCAGCGCAUCAGCCAACUGGAACAGGAGUUGACAUCUAUGCAGGAGUUCAGAGGCCUUCUGCAGAAGGCCCAGACCCAACUGAUAGAACUUCACACAGAGCAAGAGGCGCUGGCUCAGCAGACAGUGAGUCUGACGUCUGCCUUGCAGCAGGACUGGACAGCAAUCCAACUGGAUUAUGGGACAUGGGCAGCUUUGCUGAGUCGGUCUCGAGAACUCACAGAGAAACUCACAACCAAGAGCCGCCAGGCCCUUCAGGAACGCGAUGCUGCGGUCAAGGAAAAGAAGCAGGUUUCAAAGAAACUUGAACAAGUCUCUGCCCAUUUAGAGGACUGUAAAGGCCGGAUAGAACAAUUGGAGCUGGAAAACAGUCACCUUACCACAGAGCUCGAGGCUAAGCUGCAGAUUCUGACCAGCACAGACAGACAGCUAAAAGAGCUGCAGAGUCAGCACGCCCAUUGUGUCCAGGACCUGGCCACGAAGGAUGAGCUGCUGUGUCAACUUACCCAGAGCAACCGGGAGCAGGCUGCUCAAUGGCAGAGGGAAGAGGCGGAGCUGAGGCACACGCAAGCAGAGCUGCAGCGUCAGAAGGCUGUGCUGGCCAAGGAGGUCCAGGAUCUGAAGGAGACCCUGGAGUUUGCAGACCAAGAGAGUCAGGUUGCUCACCUGGAGCUGGGCCAGAUCGAGUGCCAGCUGAAAGCCACCCUGGAAGUGCUGCGGGAGCGCAGCCUUCAGUGCGAGAACCAAAAGGACACCGUGGAGAACCUCAAGGCGGAGCUGGCCAGCACUGUAGCAAAGCAUGAGAAAGAGAGCCUGGAGAAGACAUACCAGCAUUCUCAAGAGCUGAGGCUGCUGACGGAGCAGCUGCAGAGCCUCGCCCUCUUCUUACAGGCAAAACUGAAGGAGAACAGGGCUGAACCAGAGAUCGUUCUGCCCAGCACAGGCUGCGCUCCAGCCCAGGAACACCCUCUGCCCGCUGAUAGCACCGUGUCGGAAAACACCCUGACAGUGGUGGCAGAUGAAGAACCAGAACCGGUUCCCAUACCGUUGCUUGGAAGUGGCGAGAGUGCUUUCACCCGAGUAGCAUCAACCACUUCCCUUCGGCCUGCAGAGACCCCGGACCUGGAGAAGAGCCGGGCAGAAGUGAGUACCGUGCUGCUGGAGCUUCAGAGGCUGUGUUCUCUGCUCCAGGAGUCUAAAGAAGAAGCCGUUGAGGCCCUGCAGAGGCAAAUCUGUGACCUGCAGACUAGACUACAGGACCAAGAAGAAGAGCACCAGGAAGCCCAGAAGGCAAAGGAAGCAGACGUGGAGAAGCUGAACCAGGCCCUGUGCUUGUGCUACAAGAACGAAAAGGAGCUCCAGGAAGUGAUACAGAAGCAGAAUGAGAAGCUUCUCGGGCAGAUAGACAGGAAUGGCGAACUCAUAAGUCUCAGGGAGGAGGUGACCCAGCUCACACGUUUACUGCGGCAUGCGGAGACAGAGACCAAAGUGCUCCAGGAAGCCCUGGAAGGCCAGCUAGAUCCCAGCUGUCAGCUGAUGGCUACUGAGUGGAUCCAGGAAAAAGUGUCUCUCUCACAGGAGGUGGACAAGCUGAGGGUCAUGUGCCUGGAGUUGAAAAAUGAGAAAGCGAAACUGGUGGUCAAGUACCAGAGCCAUAGGAACAUUCUCGAGGAGAACCUUCGGCGCUCUGACACGGAGCUAAAGAAGCUCGAUGACACCAUUCAGCAGAUCUACGAGACUCUGCUGUCUGUCCCAGAGGUAGUGAAGAAUUGCAAGGAGCUACAAGGAUUGCUGGAGUUUCUGAGCUAACAGAAGGAAGAUGGUGGCCUAGUGCUGUGCACCUGUAGUUCCAGCUGCUCCCGAGGCCGAGGCAGGAAGAUCGCUCACUCCCAGGAGUUUGAGACCAGUGUGGGCAAUACGGCAAAGAAACUGAAAGCUGGAUUCUGCUUCAUUCCUUUCUCCUGCAGGGUCCCUUACCCUGGUACUAGAACCAAUUGGCAUAGAAACAACUGUGUUUUAUGGUAUUUAAAUAAAGCAUAUUUAAUGUA